AUGGCGACUGUGGGGGAAAGGACAGGUGCCUGGCCACUGGACCUCAGGGCCCUGCUCCUGCCUCUGCUCUUCCUGGGGACAGUAGGUUCCCAGCUGCAGGUGACCACGGCGCCCUCCUCCACGGCCCGCGUGGGCUCGGAGGCCCUGCUGCAGUGCCGGUUCGAUGUCGGGGGGCCGGUGGCCCUGGACUCCCUGCAGGUGACCUGGUAUUUCUUGGAUCAGGAGGUGGCUUCCUUUAAGCACAGCAGGAGCCAGGCCUGGCCCAGAGCCAGCCUGCCAUCCCACAAGGAGCUGGAGAGCGGAGACGCCUCCUUGUCGCUGGUCACAGUGACCGUGCCCGACGAGGGCUUGUACCGGUGUGUUGUGGGGUACGGGACGCAGCAGCACCACGGGGAGACCAUCCUGCACCUGCUCGCUGCCCCGACGCUCUGCAUCCCAAGAAAACCAGUUGUGGCCGAUGCCGAGACCUCCCUCCUGUGCCACGUGGGGCGGUUCUACCCCGAGGACGUGGACGUGGCGUGGCUGAGAGACGGGCAGGUCCUGAAGGGCUCCACCCGCUCCAGCCCCCAGAGGAACGCGGACGGGACCUUCAACCUCACCCUGACCUACACCUUCACCCCCACCCGCAGCGACACCGGCAGUGUCUUCUCCUGUCACGUCCACCACGAGGCUCUGGAGCAGCCACUGCAGGAGGACGUCUCCCUGGACAUCCGAGCACCGGAUCAGACUGGUGCCCUGGUUGGAACCGUCCUGGGGAUCCUGAUCGGAGCAGGAGUCGCGGCCUCUGCAGCCAUUUACUUCUGGAGGAAGAGAAAAAAAGGCUGGAUAGUCUCCUACAAUGUCCCAGAGGUGGAGGUGCCGGAGCGGUGCCUGCUGGGCCAGGAGGUGACCCUGCGCUGCUCCAUGGAGGGGACGUUCCCCGAGGAUGUGGCCGUGACAUGGGAGAGGAUCCACAGCGAGGACAGGACGGUGCCUGAGAGCGCUGGGGACCAGGACAGCCCCGAGCACCAGCCGCUGUUCCCCGCCCUCCCCCCGGGCUGGAGAGUGACCGAGGAGAGAGCUGGGACCCGCCUCACGUCCUCCCUGACCUUCACCCCCACGCUGCAGGACGAUGGGGCGCGGGUCCGGUGCGUCUUCCUCCACGAGGGCAAACGGAUCAGAGAGGAGAGAGUGUCCCCAGAGAUCCGGGUGUGGGCCCGGCCGCAGGUGUCUGAGAUCCAGGUGUUGCCGGAGUGGGACCCCCGCGACAAGGUGCCGUUUGCUGUCCAGCUCCACAACUUCUACCCCAGGGAGGUGCCCCCGAUCCAGUGGGGCUGGGACGGGGCCGAGAACGGGAAGGAAGACCCCGCGCAGAUAGACAAGAACGCGGACGGCACGUUCACCACGACGAGCAUCUGGAGAGUGCCCAGCCGGAGCCUGACCCGGCCGGAGCUGCGAGUGCGAGUGUGCGUCCAGCACGGCCCCGGAGAGCCCCCGAGCGAGAGAGAGCUCAGCCUGAGGGCUGCGGGGCCCGGGGAGCAGCCCCUGCCAGGCCGCGGCUCCCCUGACGGGGCCUGUCCCUGCCUCUGCCUGUUCCCUUCCCCAGGUCUCCUGCGGCCCCCGGACGUGUCCGAAAUCUCCCUGACCGAGUCCGUGGCCACGGGGAAGGGAGUCACCCUGAGCUGCCGCAUCGCGGGGCAUUUCCCGGGGGAGCUAAGUGUGACCUGGCUGAAGAGGCGGAAGGAGAAGAAAACUCCUGUGAUCCUGCGGGACUCGGAUAAGUACAGGGUAGAGCCCGGCACGGCCGUCCUGGCAUGGGACGGGAAGAGCUUCCAGCAGGAGACCAGACUCAUCCUCUUGUCACCAGAGGAGCUGGCAGAAAAAGUCAUCUCCAAGUUUAAGGAAAAAGGGGCAGAGUACAGCUGCCGUGUGGGACACCUCGCCCUGGAGACCCCCAUCGAGAGGAGCACUGCCUGCCGUCCGCGCCCUCCGCACCUGGGGGAGGUCUCCCACCCGCAGGCCCUGGUCCCGGGGCAGCCGGAGACCCUGCGGUGCCUCAUCUCGGGGUUUUACCCCGGGCAGCUGGCGGUGACGUGGCUGCAAAAGGGAGCGGGAGAGAAGGCGCCCAGGCCCCUGGAGAGCUCAGACCCCCACAGGAUGCACACCCCCGCCCCUACUCGGGCGCCGGACGGGAAGUCCUACAGCGUGGAGUCCGAGCUGCGCCUCCCCCCCGCGGGGCCCGAGGACGACGGGGUGGAGUACCUGUGCCGCGUGCAGCACGAGGCCCUGAAGGAGCCCGAGUCCAGGUCCAGCGGGCGGCUGCGGGUCCAGGCCAGAGAGCAUUCUCCAGAGCCUCGAACAGCUGAGGAGGGAGGAGGCAGCUGAAGACAGAGGCAGCGUCACCAGCACCACAUCUCGUGUGCUCACCUGGGCGAUG